CCCGAUUCGUUGAUUACUUCUGACAAGAAUCCAUCCACCCGCCCCAAACACACAGACGCGCCUGCCUGUCAACCUCCCGCUCUCUCUCUCACACCAGGCUUGGGUCGGGAGUUAGUCAGAUCCUGAAGGCGGAUGGGUCAGGGAUCAUCAUCAUCAUCGCUGUUCUGAAAUAUAUCUUGGCACCUAUUACUUUAUCCAAUGGAGAGAACAGGCCUACUUCCUUUUCCUGGAUCACGACAGUUGAAAUUGAAAAAAUCGUUUAAGCUGGGCAUAUGUUCUCUGCCAAUGACAUGUUCAAAAGAGGAAAUCUCUAAAGCAUUUGGGAGGUUUACUAAUGCUGAGCAAGAAGCUCUCCAUCGGCUAUUUAUUCAGGUUCUUAAUUCUUUACAUGAAAAUAUAGAGGAUGAAUUUGAGUCAAUAUGUCUUGAGACACAGGCAGGCACCAUUCUUGAUACUGUAGAUCAACUUGUGGAAGAACAGAGCCUGGACUCUUUGUGUUCUGAUAAGACUGAUGUGGGAGAUGUUUGGCAGAAUGUUUCGACAGUGAAGAAGAAUGAGAUCCAACACUUAACGGGUGUGCUACAAAUGGCAGAAGAACAUAAACGUGUCAUGAGAGCUCGUGUUGAACGACUAAAGAAAGAAUUGCAAGAAUUUUCAGGCAGUGCAGAUGUUAUCGAGAAGAUCAAGACUGGGAUUUUGGAUUGCAAUGGGACAAGCAACAACAGUAAGCUCCAUGAUCUGCAACUGCUGUGACAUGUUUGUGUAUUGGUACAAAUGCAACCGUUAAAAUCCUUCAUUAUGUGGGACAUGUAAUGUGAUUACAGAAUAUCUAUCAGGCAUGAGUUUUAAACAUUUCUGAAUGUGGUUUUCUUUGUUUUGCUCAGAAUGCUUGUCUCUAUUUGCCACCUACACUAUAACUGCCAUUUAGAUCAAUGUAUUAAAGUGCAUUUAACCAUAAUUUUGAAAUGCCAAGAAACUUUGCUGUUUAUGAA